CCAUCCCCCUUACCAAAACCAUACGCAACCCAGCUCUUAUAUACACUUCCUCCAUAUACUCACACAAACAAACAAGUUCUUCCAUCCAAUAUGGAGUCCUUUGGUGUUUCCUUCGCCGCCUCCGAUCUCGAGGCGGGGAUUCGCGUGCGCACCCCCGCCCCCCGCAUGAGGGCGAUUACGGGGUACGCGUUGCACAGGCACGAGCCCAGAUUCUUCUGCGGCGACAACGACGACGGUGCGGACGAGGCGCAUCACUUCCUCGAUGCAUGUUUCCUAUGCAAGAAGCCCCUCGCGGGAAAUCACGAUAUCUUCAUGUAUAGAGGGGACACGCCUUUCUGCAGCGAGGAGUGUAGACAAGUACAAAUCGAGAAAGACGAGGCUCAGGAGAAAAACUCCAAAUACGCCUUGAAGGCUUCUUCAAGAAAAGCGGAGCAGCGGCAGCAGCAGAAGCAGAGCUCUCCGAGAAUCCCAGUUAGCGCAUGGUAGAUCCCCAUGUUGUAUAAACUUAUUUCUAUCGCAAAAGUUAUGUAACGCGAAUCAGAAUCAGAAUGGACGAACGUUUCAUCGUCGCACCGCGGAUGCGUGAAAUAUGUGAGAUUGACGAGAAUCGUAACCGGAAAAAGAAUUUUUCCGGGCGGUAACGGUGGCGGCGAGAGUCGGCUUUUUUUAGAGCCUCUACAACAAGGGCGACAUGUUUGGUGGAUUUGAUUUUCUUUGAAUUUGAGUUGGAACGAAAUGAGAAUUUUGCUUGUUCUUGUAGUCAUGUGUGUUUACAACUCGUCGCUAGAGCUACUUGGAUUAGCUUAGCUUAAGGAUUAAAAAAACCUCCAAAAAAAAAAAGAAAAUACGAAGAAAGAUUUGAAUUUCAGUAAUA